AGAAAUUUGAAUCAAUUUGUGUCCCUUCCACCACUGAAAAUUGGUUUUAAUUUUGUGAUUGUGGAUUUUUCUCUGUAAUUUUUGUUCUUUUGUGCAAAAUUUUGAUGUGGGCAAGGCAUUCAUGUAUUAUAUUUAUUUUUGUCAUUUAGGGUUUAGGGUUUAGGAUGAAAAUCUAGCUGUGUGGAUUUUCUUCUUUAUUUACUAGGUGCCGGUAACUGAUCAAUUUCGCGAAAGUACAGCGAUUUAGAGAGGAAAAAAAAAAUCGACUUGUGGAUCAUUACAAUACUGAGGAGUUGAAUAUACUGGUUUUCGGUAAGAUGGAUUAAUUGCAUUAUUGUGCUUCAACUGGGUUGUUUUUCUUGAAAUUACUUCAUCUGGUCAUGUCCUUAGCGAUGUUGUUGUGCUAAGAGUUGGCCAAAGAAAUGUCUACUUUACAUGAAUAUCUAGGCCUACCAAUGGAACCUGAGAGAGAGGCAUGUAAUGUCAGCGAGUUGCAUUGUGUUUUUCAAGUGCAGAGGAACCUGUAGCCUUGAAGCUGAAGCAGUUUUCCUUGCACUCUGCAUUGGAUUCUAAAACCAACUGCUGCUGAAGAAGAAGUUGACCCCUGCAUUUGUGAUGGUGGAAGUGUGGUGGUCCCUCUUAGCUGCUAUCCCUGCAGUGGUUGCAGGACAAGCAUUUCGAGUGAAGAAAAGGCAUGCCGAAGAGCAGAGAUUAAAGAGCGCUAGAGGAAGGGAGAAGAGUUCUGAUGAGAUUUUUGUCUGCGAAAGGGUAUGCACGUCGAAGAGAAUGCUGAAAAAGGUUGGUGCAUUCUCAAAGGACCCAAUUCCUGAUACUUGUGUUACUGUCUGCGGUGUAUCUGAGCUUGAUGCGUGUGCUGAUGCUUGCGCACGCACUGUCUGUGUAAACCAACAUCAAGUACCCAACUGGAAUGACAUCUGCCUUCGGAGAUGCCAGAGUGAGUGCUUGAAACUCUCUUCUUCAAGUUCUCUUUAAAUGCGAAAACAUGUAUUACAAAACGAGUUGUUAGCGUUAGUUAGUCCGAUUUUGUGACUUAAAUAUCGAUUUUAGGGUCGCAAGGAUGAACUAGAUUAUCGUAUUCUCCUUUGAUGUUAAAAAA